AUGGGCCAGGAAGCGACCACUCCGUUGCCGGAGGGCAUCUUCUCCCUUCUGGACACCGAUCUCUACAAACUGACGAUGCAAUGCGCGAUCCUCAAGUACUUUCCUGAUGUUUAUGUGACUUACGGCUUCACAAACCGCACCCCGGACAUGAAGCUGCGUCGCGGAGCGUACAAAUGGCUUCUGGAACAGAUGGACAAACUCGCCAAUAUCUGUGUCACCGCCGAAGAGCGCGCCUUCCUCAAGAACAAAUGCCCGUACUUCAAUGACGCCUACAUCACCUUCCUGGAGACAUUCAGGCUCAAACCCUCCGAGCAGAUCGAGAUCAAGUUUACGCCUGUCCAUGACACCGGCAGUGACGAUGACGAAGGUCUCGUGGAGUACAUCAUCAAGGGACUCUGGCUCGACACCAUCCUGUACGAGAUCCCGCUAUUGGCGCUGACCAGCCAGGCAUAUUUUAUGUUCAGCGACACCGACUGGGACUACGAGCUUCAGGAGGAGAAGGCAUACCGUAAAGGCUGCGCGCUGCUGGAGAACGGGUGCAUCUUUUCGGAGUUUGGAUCGCGUCGUCGCCGGGACUACCAUACCCACGACUUGGUCAUGACUGGGUUGUGUCGAGCUGCAGAGGAGGGUAAACGGCGAGGGUGGAAAGGCGUUUUGUCCGGGACAAGCAAUGUGCACUUUGCGAUGAAGUACAACACCAAUGCUGUGGGGACUGUGGCGCAUGAGUGGUACAUGGGCAUUGCCGCUAUCACGGAUGACUAUAAAAACGCCAACGAGCUGGCUUUGCGGUACUGGCUUGGAUGUUUCGGAGAAGGGGUCCUCGGAAUUGCGCUCACCGACACAUUCGGCACGCCGGCCUUCCUCGACGCUUUCCGCAAGCCCAUCCCCGAGUAUACCAGCGCAGGCGUAGGGCUAGUUAGCACUACAGCCUCCGGCGCCGCAACCACCGUGGAAUCGACAGUACAGAGCGAGUCGACCGUCAACUCCCCUAUUGCCGCACCGAUCCACAACGGCGGCAGUCACCCAACCAGGACGUAUGCACAGGUCUACGAUGGCAUUCGACAAGACUCAGGCGACCCAGCGUACUUCGUCAAAAUGGUGCGACAAUUUUAUGAGGGCGAGGGGAUUACGUCACCCAAGACGGUGGUCUUCUCGGACUCCCUGACGAUCGACCUGUGCCUGGAGUACAAGACCAUUGCCGAGGAAGCAAACUUCAAGCCCGUGUUUGGUGUGGGCACUUUCUUUACCAAUGAUUUCACCAACAAAUCCAACGGCAAGAAAUCCAAACCGCUCAAUAUCGUCAUCAAGAUCGCCACAGCGAACGGUCGUCCAGCUGUCAAGCUGAGUGAUAACAUGGGCAAGAACACGGGUGACCGUGAAACAGUCCAGAAGGUGAAGAAGCAGCUCGGUUACGUGGAGCAAGAGUGGGAGGAGGGCGAUGAGAGUAAUCGCUGGGCGCGACACACAUAG